AUGGCUGAAAGAGAGAAUCCCAUAGUCUUUUUUGAUAUAUCUAUUGGUGGUCAACCGACUGGACGAAUGAAAAUGGAAUUAUUUGCUGAUGUAGUUCCAAAGACUGCAGAGAAUUUUAGGCAAUUGUGUACAGGAGAAUACAGAAAAAAUGGAACUCCACAGGGAUAUAAGGGAGCCACCUUUCACAGAGUAAUUAAAGAUUUCAUGGUACAAGGCGGUGACUUUGUAAAGGGAGAUGGGACUGGACUGUUCAGUAUUUAUGGAGAAAAAUUCGCCGACGAAAACUUUACAUUAAAACAUACUGGACCCGGUCUUCUUUCUAUGCUUCAAAUGAAACUUUACGCUCUCUCAAUUUUGGCUUCGGCCACUUCUACUCAAGACACCACGAAGUUAGUCGCUGAAUAUGAUCUCUCAGGCUUUGGCUUUUUUCAGCGGGGAAGCGCUCAAGAAUUUAUGCAUUUCUUUUCAAAGACCGUUGCCCAACGGACAAAACUUGGGCAGAGACAAAGUGUUUCCGAGAGAGAUUAUGUCUUUUAUGCGCAUUCACGAAUCGAAGGGAUCACAGGAAUCAUAAUAGCUGACAAAGAGUACCCACAACGAGUGGCCUUCUCAUUAAUGAACAAAUAUCUUGACGAAUUCCUCUUAAAAUAUCCAAAAGACACCUGGAAGGCAGAUCAAAAUCCGUUUCCCGAGUUAAAAACGUAUUUGACGAGAUUUCAGGAUCCGAAACAAGGUGACCAGAUAAUGAAGGUGCAAGAACAGUUGGAUGAAACCAAACAGGUUAUGCAUAAUACUAUUGAGAGUCUUUUGCAACGUGGAGAAAGGCUGGAGGAUUUAAUUGGUCGAAGUCAAGAGAUUUCUUUCCAAUCUAAAGCUUUUUACAAGCAAGCUAAAAAAGUGAGUUAA